AUGGCUGUGUCUCUCUUGGGGGUGCCCACUCCUGCCACCCUGCCUGUGCCUGGGCUGUGCUAUGGCACCAACGCUCAGUCCCCUCUGCUCCAGUGCGUGCUGACUGGGGACUGGACAAAUGACCUGGGCUCCCACAUGACCAUCGGGGCUGUGAAUGAAAACGGCGACUUCAGAGGCACGUACAAAACAGCCGUGAGUGGCAACAUGCUCGAGGUCCCGCCGUCACCGCUGCUGGGGUCCCAGCGCAUCACUGAGGAGAGGAGCCAGCCCACCUUUGGCUUCACUGUCCACUGGAAGGACACAGCCACCAUCAGCGUCUUCACGGGCCAGUGCUUCGUGGACAAGGACGGAAAGGAGGUUCUGAAGACCAUGUGGCUCUGGCGGACACACGCAAACAGCAUCCAGAAUGACUGGAAAGCCACCGUGUGA